AUGGCACCUUGCCAAUACGACAGCAACCAUGCGGCAGCGAACGGAGGAUCUUCGAGUCCGUCCAAUGGUGACCACCACCUGUCCGUGAACCUGGACAUCGACUCCUCCGGCGUCCCCAUGACGUCCGCCAGCGACUUCUACGUCGACCUGCAGUCGCCUCCGCCUCAGACGCAGUCGAUGCGGCUGCGACUCCGCAAGCAGGCGUCCAACAACUCGAUGCUAUCGGCCGAGGCGGCCGAGAACCUCCGCCGGCGAGUGGCUCGCGUCAAGAAGAACAAACACACGAAGGAGGUGCGAGUGUUCAAGCGGCAGCUGCAGCUCGCGGUGCGCAUCGCGGUCGGCGUCAUGCUCGCUGGCGUGGUGCAGACUCACGGGUCCGACCGGGAGUGGCUGUUCCUGCCGGCCAGCUACUACUUGGGAGGCCUCACGGUCGCCUCCAUGAUGGUCAUCUACGCAGCAGCCAACACCGUGGGCGGCGUGCUGGAGCAGGUCUGGCAGAUCGACGUGGGCGUCGCCAUCGCGUUGCUCUACAACUUCGUCGUGUUCGCCUGUGUGCCGAUCACCCAGGGCGACCUCAUGACCGUGUCCAAGAACAUCAACGGCAGCACGUAUUACGUGAGUUUGCACGACUGGGGCGUCACACUCCCGCUACUCGCACUCUUCACGCUGGUCGUGCUGCUGUCGCCGAUGCAAACAAAUGUCAAGAAAUUCGCAGUGAGCACGAACUUGUACUUCACGCUGACUCUGGUUGACCCGAUGAACCCUAUUUUCACGACAAUUCUCAAGGACAACUCGAGUGGUAACAGCUACUACGGCACGGACAACCUGUUGAAGCAGCUCGCCAUUUACAGCGCGGUUGGCGUUGUGGGCACUUUGAUCGCUCUAGUGGUCAUGGUGCUGCCUUACCCGAUUUUUGCGAUGCGGAAGCUCCGGAAGCACAUGGCGGCUUCGCCGCAUGACAUCCGCGAUAUCCUCAACUUGAUUGUCGACUCGUACUGCUUCCGCGCGAAGGAUAUCAAGAAGAUGGACUUCUUCAAGCUGCGCCUUGACCGGUUGCUGGAUAAUGCGCAUGAACGUCUCGCUACGAUGGAAUCGCUGCUGAACGACUGCUGGUGGGAGGAGCUCGUGGGGCUCGGAGUGUGCUUUCACUUCAACAAGACCGUCGCCAAGCAGUUGGUGAAGUUGUACGCAAAACUACUGGCAGAUCUGCACGCGAUGAAGUUCGCUAUUGAGGCCGAAACGUGCCACUGGACACACGUUGCGCUGCUCAAGAAGAUGCAGACACGAUUCUACGUGCUUCAAGUGGAAGCGAACGAUCUGCUGGAAGACAUUUCACUGAAGAUCGUGCGUUCAUCGCGAAGUAUGUCCUCGCCGAAAUUUGCCAGUCUGGAGCAGGCGUUAGAACGUCUCAUGACAAAGUAUACUUCGCUCUAUGGGAAUCUGCUUUCUGCUGACGUCCACACCGCCGACGAUGUGGGCAAAACGAUGCCUCUGAACGUGUUCGUGUACUCGUUCCACGUGUUCGUGAUCUCGCUGCUGGAAUUCGAGAAGAAAUUCAACAAGAAAAACUUUUCGGCGCGAUACCGAGUCAAGAACUUCCUCAAGCUGACGUGCCGCAGUCUGCUGCAGCCCAUCAACUACCCACGACGGCUGAUCAUCUUCGCAUUCCGAACAACAUUGGCGAUCAUCAUUGGAAUCUGUUGCGCGACCUUCAUCUUCGCGUUCAGCUCCACUGCGCCGACGGCUAUCGCGAUGGUUGCUGAAGACAACAUCGGCGGAACUUACGGUAACACGGUGAACCGUGUGGGAGGUUUGGUGGCUGGAACCGUAGUGCCGUCCAUCUUCAGCUUCUUCGUCUGCAAAGUAUCGAGCGACUACGUGUACAACACGCUCAACAACAUCGUGCUGUUCAUUUGGACUGUGGGGUCCAUGUACGUGUGGUUCAGUGGCCGCUAUAUGGCGCUCGCAGGCAUGGUGUCCGCCUUCAUGGCAGCGUCGGUCCUGCUUGACCACAGCUGUCGUAGCACAUCGACCUCAAUGACGGUGUCUUACGCCAGCCUUACGCAGAACGCCUUGGGUAUCCUCAUCCUUAUGAUCGUGGAAGUCGUGAUUCACCCGCGCAGCUCUCGUGGAUUACUCCGUAGCAACAUCCAGCAGCUCUUGACGCAGUAUUGUGGCGUUUUCCACGACGUAUUUCGCCACCACGUUGCGUACAACCAGCCUACUCGAAUCGCUGUGGGGCCUCUCACCGAGGAGGACAUCGAGAUAGCCAACGCGCUGCUUGGUCGCAGCAACGUGAAGGUGCUGAAGGACCAACUGAAGGUCACAAUCCCCCAGUUGCUAAAAACUCAAGCCAAACUGGUCAACGAUUCCGCCAUGGAGCCAACGUUGUGGAAGCCUCCAUUCUCCACGUCCAAGUACACGAAGGUCCUGAACGUUUGCCGCGAGCUCCUCGACAGACUGGAUGUUCUGGUAGAUCUAGUGGAUUGGGCUGAGAAUCGCCGAAACAGCGCGAAAGACAUGCCGUUGCGUCGCUGGGAUCAAAGUCGGAUAGACGCCGAGUGUACUGCCGCAUUCACUGCAGCGCAGGAACCUCCUUCUCCCACCUCCGCAGCCGUCACAGAGAUGGUGGGAGGGGACGAUACCGCCGAGAAACCCCCUUCGCCUGCUCCGUCCUCGUCGCUGCCCAACGUUACUACUACACCUCCUGCUAUAGCGAAGAUCAAGUGGGACCAAAGCUUAGCUGUGGUUGAGGCAGGCGUCGAAGAAGCUUUUGACACGCUCGUAACUCUCUUCGGAGAAGAAUUUUCGGGUUCUACGGCGGAAGACCACGCCAUUUACCUGCAAAUGAAAGAGGCCUUCCGUAUCGCCGACGUUCACCGUCGCGGCGUCGUGGAUGUCUCCGAGCUCAGUCUAUUGCUGGAGAAACUAAUGCCGUACUCAGGCAGUCAAGGGGUAGAAGGAAUGGAGCAAUACGUUGAUGAAUUCAUGCAGUUGGUGGACAAGGAUCACGACGGGAAGAUCUCGUUCAACGAGUUCAUGCAGGCGUUGAACGAAGGCUUUCGACUGGAGUUGGAGAUUUACGAUGAUCAGCCACAGGUGCCAGUGGCCGACGUGGUUAGUGGCUCGAACGGAGCUCAGCUCACGCACUCACAGAGUGUGCGUCUAAUUCGCAAGAGUUCGCUAGGCCGUCGAAACUCAAUUCAAUCGACUCAGACCGAUGGAUCGGAGGAUCCCUCCACCCCUGGAAGACACAAACGCGUCACCGUUGUGUCACCUCCGCCUCCCGACUCGCGACCCCGCGCGUCGUCGAACUUCGUCGACAUGUCGGUGUUUGAGACCACAAAGUCCGAUCCGAGUGCGUUUGACCCCACGGAACCUAACACCCAAGCAAAAAAUGCCACUGGAAGUCGUCCGUAUCGCUUCCGCGGUAUGUCUUCGGCAAGCGAGAGCUCGGCUCCUGAAGCUUUGCUGAAUGUCGAGGCAUUCACUCUCACAGAAGCGGCGGCGGCAUUGAAGCAGAGCUACGGCGAAUGCCUGCUGGGGUACGUCGACGACCAUAGCAGACGUGUUACGAUGGAGGACUUCAUCGUCAUGAGCUGCGUCAUCAGCGCUUGUGAAAGUAUCGUCGAGAAUUUAACUCGCCUGAAUACGCUGGCAGCCUCAUAA